AACAAUUAUACUUAGCAGUUUAGCACUAAAAUACAAUUAAUAUUACUAUUUACUAUACCUAUAAUAGCUCAGACUCCUCUCGUGACGUUCGCGCCGAGAGGGAAUCCAAUGCUAUAACUAAACCUAACCUACCCUUUUCGAUUUAUUUACUAAUUAUUAAUAUUAUGUCGGCCGGGACGACACGAACAAUAGUAACGUUAUGUCUGAAAUGUGUGCACACGGUACGACAACGGCUUCAAUCCGUCGUACCUACUGACCGUUCGUCGUCGUUUGUCUCUAUCUAACGUGCGGCAACAAGAACUGUAAUCGGAACCGGUUGCCACUUGUCUUCGCCCAGUAACUUCAUAAUUGUGAUUCCUUGGCCGUCUGCAGCCCGCUGACAGAAGUGAAACAAAUCGUAUCGCUACCCAGUCCAAUUUGUUUUACUCGGAUAGCAGGCUUAUCAGACUUUGUACCUAACAUUUUUGAUUCAAAAUCAUCACCAUGUCAAGUUAUAAUGACUAUCAACAUUGGCCCCAAGAGUCCACAUCAAAUUCAGAUGAAGAUGAAUUGUCAUCUCCUGAAAUUGAGCAAGAUGAUAGCGAUGAUGAUAGUGAGUCAUCUACAUCUAGUACUAGUUCUUCAGGUACAAGUAGUAGUGGUAGCAGUCAGUCAGGUUCAGAUUCGGAAAGCACUAGCACUGCUGAAGAAGAUGAAACUAAAUCUCUCAAAACAGAAACUGUGAUAGCCAAUAAAACUGAGCUUAGUUUACCAACUGGUAUGUGUGAGGAUGAAGGAGUUUUCAAACAAUUAUUUUCUGUUAACUCUUGGGUGUGCCUUAGUGAUGUACAAAAGCAGCAUUUAAAGAAUUUUCUUCCUACAUUUUCUGAAAAUGAUUUGAUGGAAAAAGAAAUUACUUUAAGAAUGCUUUUUGGUGGACAAAGUUUUCGGUUUGGCGUUAAUCCAAUCAAUGAAUUUCAUGAUAAAUUAAAAAAUGGACAUUUUCGACCUGAUAUCGUCAAAAUGAAAUCACUUUUACGACGAUCUCUUAAGAGAGAGUAUAGAAAAAGUCAACGUAUAUACAAUUACAAUAUGUUAAAAAAAUUAAUUUCUGGGCGUAAAAAGGUCAUUAAUGAUUUAAUUAGUUCUUCUACUACAUCUGUGACAAAUAGUGGAGAUAAUAAUAGUUUUAAUAUGCAUCAGCAAGUUAAAAGAAGAUAUUUCCAAGAGGUUUCUGAUAUUAAAGAAUUAGUAGGGGAUGUCUCUGAAGAUAGUUCAGAUAGCAACUAUCAAGAAGGACCACCUACUCGUUUGGGUAAAAAACAGCGACGCAAUUUAAGUACUAUACAAAGUUCUCUUUCACCGGAGCUAGAAAUCAUUACUUCUACCUUGGCAACUUUUCCUGAUAGAAUAGAUUUAUCUAAAGUUGCUUUGCCAACAAGUAAUCCAUUUGAGCCUUCUGAUGAUAUGUAUAAAGAAAUGUUGAUAUCUCACAAGAGAAAAAAAAAGAAAAUGGAACAGCAAAAUAAACGAAUGAGAUAUGAACAAAUCAAAGAACAUAUUAAACCAGAAGUGUCAUUAGGCACGGUGGAGAAAAAGAAAUCAGCAAAUAGUGAUAGACUCCGGUUGAAGCGUACAAAACCUGUCAAACACCAAAACCAGUCAACUCCAGCACCAAAACUUCCUUUGCAGCUAGAUGUACAACCACCUGUACAGUUUGAUGUAAAUAUUCCUGUGCCAUCAGAUGUAAACCUUCCUGCCCAGCUAGAUGUACAAUCUCCUGUGAAAUUAAGUACACAACCUCAAGUACAGUUAGAUGCACAACCUCAGGUACAGUUAGAUGUACAACCUCAAGUGCAUUUAAAUGUACAAUCUCAUAAGCAGAUAGAUGCACAAUCUCAAGUGCAGUUGGAUGUAGAACCUCAUGCGCAGGUUGAUGUACAACCUACUACGCAGUUAGAUAUGCAACCUUCUGUGCAGUUAGAUGAAUCACAUAAUAUUUCAUCAAAACAAGAAGAUAGGACUCAAACGGAAACAUGUAGUAAUUCUUACGUUAAAGAAGAGAUACUCCAAAAUGUAGUUUCACCUCCACUUCUUUCACCAUCAUCAAUUUCUUUAUCUAAUAUGGCUGAAGAAGAAUCAAUCAAAACUAAUUUGAAUGCAAUUAAAUUAGAUCCUUGUACUCCUAUUCUAACAGAUUUUUUAAAAAUGGAAGAAGAAAUUACUUUAAAUGAUCCUAUCAAACUAGAACCUAUUAGCUUAACAGCUGAAGAAAUACGUAAAGCAGAAGAAGGCCAAGCUGCUGCAGCUAUGUUAUUAGAACAAAUGAGUGAUGUUGAAGAAAAGUAUAAUCCACCAUUAAUACCAUCACCACCACUUCCAUCACCACCACCAUCACCACCUUCAUCACCACCACCACCUUCAUCAUCAGAUCUAUCACCACCACAACUACCUGAAAAUAUUUCAGAUUCUAAGUUCAGUCCACCUAACUAUAUUCAGAGAGAAUUUCAUCCAGAAGACAUGUUAACUAGUACAGUGCAAACCAUAAAUACAGAAUCUCCACCUACAAUGAUACAUUCGUGUUUACGCUCUCUAACUCCUAGUGAUUUUGGUUCUAAACAGUUAUCAUUAUCACCAGUUUCUACCCCUAGUAAAGUCAUAACAGAUUCUAAUUAUGUUGGAUCAUUAUCAGAGUUAGAGGGUUUUCAUGUGUUAGAUAUCAAAACUAUGUGUAAUGAGGAUUUAGAUUUGAAAACACCUCAAAUAAGAAAAAUGGUUUCUAGUUUCUUUGCACUUAUAAGGGAUAUAAUCUGUGCUAACUGGGAUUAUCGUAUGGAUAUGACUGCACUAAAUGAACGAGUUAAUGAUUGGGUGAUUUCAACAUUUAAUAACAGAACAAAUCCAGAUUGGUACCACAGUUUAACAUUAAAAACUUGGCCUAAAUCAUUACAGUCAGCUAUAGGUUUUUUAGCGGGACAUUUCCCUGAAUGGCAGCCUGAAGAUUUUGUUCCUUAUAUUGAAUAUAAACCUAGUUUAGAUAUUUAUCAAUGGAUUGGUGCUGGUAGAGAUUCAGACACUCGGCUUGGAGAUUUAUGCAAGUGCUGGUUACAUAACUUGAAUAAUAUUAGUUCAAAAUUGAAAAGUAUUAAUGAUGAUGUGAUUGGAAUUAAAAAUGUACCAAUACCAUCUACAACAGAUAUUAUUUCAUCAAUUGAAAUGUCUGAAACUGAUUCAACAGCUCCUUUAUCUGUACCAUUAUUAGAAACAUGGAUAGUGACUCCUUCUAAUGAUGAAGAACGUGCAAUUUUCCAAGCUCAAGAAAAGCAACGAUUUUUAAAACCACAUCGUUCUUUUGUUUAUCAAAUGCAUGGUUACGAGUCAGUUGUGGGUCCUGUGCGCGGUAUUUAUAAUUCAUCUAAUAUUCAUAAAGCAGCUCGUGGUCAUUCCUUGUUGAUUGAAAAUAGACCUCAUUUCAUAUCAAUAUUGGUAUUAGUACGUGAUGCAACAGCUAGAUUACCAAAUGGAAUGGGAACUCGUAGUGAUAUUUGUACCUUACUUAAAGAUUCGCAAUACUUGAUGGAAGCAAAUCUAACUGAAUUACAUAAUGCUGUCAGUGGAGCUUUGGAUAGAUUGCAUUAUGAACAUGAUCCAUGUGUUAAAUAUGAUCCAAAACGCAAAAUAUGGAUUUACUUACACAGAGGACGAAAAUUGGAAGAAUUUGAACGUUUGCAUUUGGAGCAACAAGGAGCAGUAAAAAUGAAAUGCUGGCGAAGAAAUAAAACUCCUAAAAAACCACCAGAACCUAAACGUACACCAAACAAAAAAUCAACAUCAAAUGUUCUUUUAGAUUCUUUAUCGAUGUUAGAUUUACCUACAAGUUCGACUUCAGAUUCUAUGCCAAGUUCAAGCACAUCACCUGUUUUGUCUGAUAUACGUGUUACUCAAGAAAUGACUAACAUAGACCAUUCAAAACAAUUAAUAAAAUCACCUAGGGUUACUAAAAAUCGAAAAGUUCCACCAAUACAAACCAUGCAAAUGACAGAUAAUGCAGUUGAGCUAAAUAUAGAAUGUCCAACACUCAUUGAUCAAAACAGUACUGUCUCUUCCCAAAUAUUUUCCAUGCCUGUUUCAAGUCAUAUUUCAACUGUUACAGCUAGCAAUAGUUCAAUUAUUUCUUCUAAUAAUAUUUCUAAUCAAUCAUUUUCUAGUAACAUUACUAGCCAUUCAAUUAUUAGUAGUAAUAGUCAGUCAAUUACUAAUAGCUUUACCUGUCAAUCAAUUGCUAACAAUAUAAAUAAUAUAAGUAGCCAAUCAAUUGCUGGUAACAUUUUAAGUCAGACAAAGGCUGGCAACAGCUUAAAAGUAGUUAGCAGUCAAGCUGUAUCCAAUAGUGGACAGAUGAUCAACAUUUCCCAAACUAUGAACAGCAAUAAUCAAACAUUUAUCAACAACAAUAAAAUGGUUGUUAACAAUAUAUCUUCAAAUAAACCAAUGAUAUCAUCUGGAGAUUUGAUUACAAUUGGUCCUAGAAAGAAAACAAAACAUGUACAAAUUGCUCAACCAAUUUCUAUUGGACAAUCUUCUGGACUUACAAAUUAUCAACAUGAUCAUCAUCUUAAUAUUACCAAAUCACCUCAAAUUAAAGAACACCAACGACAAAUAUUAGUUUUAAAACAAAAGCGAUCUGAUCAUUCAAUUUCUAGUUCUGAACAAAACACAACUGUUGUUAGCCAAACUGAUACUUUAAAACCCCAAAUUUUACAACAGUAUAUUCAUCUACAAAAUCAACAGAAGUUUAUGAAUCAACAACAAAAUAUGCAUCUGAAGCUCAUGCAACAAAAACAGAUUCAGCAGCAAACUUUGCAACAAAAUAAACAGCAAGUCAUUAUUAGAAAAACUGAUGGGGAUGAUAAAACAGAAACAGUUGAUGCCGAACAGCCUCAAGUUAUAUUCUUAAAACAGGGUCCAAGAAAUGUCCAACAACAAGAGACACAACAGAUAACACAGCAGCAAUUACAACAGUUAUUGAUGUUGAGGCCACAGCAACAAACAGGACAACAGGCUCAGGUUGUCAUGGUAAAACAACAAGGAAAUGAUCAGAAAUCUAUUGCACUUAAGCCAAUAUUGACAUCACUCCGUGGUACAAAAACUCAACAAACCCCAACAAAAACUGCUAAUUUGUUAGUACAAGCAAAACAAGCAACUCAAAAUGUACAGCGAAAAAUUACUAAGCCUCUUGUUGGCAAGUUUGUGUCUAAUCAAAGAGCACAAUUACCUGUUGAUUCAGUUCUUGCAAAUAGAAAAUUAUCUGGUGUUCCAGGUACUCCAUUACGAAUUUCUGGUGUACAAACUUCAAAAAGUGGUCAGCCACACUAUACAGUGGUGACUGUUGCUCAACCAAAACUUAUGCCAUCAAAUCAACCAAAUAUUGGACAGAAAACACCUGCACGAAUAUCAACUAUAAAUGAUCGUUUAAAAUCUGGUGACACCAAUCAACCACAAACUGUACGUGUGGUUCAAUCACAAAUUGGUGGAAAACCUUUAUUAGUCACUAAUAAAGCACAAAUUUCAUCGACUCUUACGGGUAUAUCAACCUCAUCACCAGUAGUUAGUUCUGCCGCCAACACUUAUACUGUGGUGCAACAAGGUUCUCAACAAAUACUUGUACCUGCAAGUUCUUUGAAAUCUUUUCAAGGGCUUAAAGUUAUACCAUUAUCACAACACAAUCUUAAAGGACGAUCACAAAUGUUUGCUAGAAUAUUAAAUUCUGAUAGUGUGAGACCUGUGUUUAUUCACCAACAGUCCAAUCAAGACACUUGUAGCCAAGGACCAAAUGAAUCAAAUACUUAA